GCCUUUCUCCCGUUUUUUAACACUUUUAUUAAUGCAGAGUGUGCAUAAGGUAUUUCAUUAGAAGGUGAUGCUCAUAGCUGGGAAGUAUUGAUGAACAUACAGAAGGAUUCUUCAUUACUGUUUCGUUUUCUGACAGUGCUAAAACUACUCUUGUUUUCUGCUUUUAUAUUUCUCAAAUAUUUAAUGGUUUGAUUAUAGUUUAAUUAUCUGUCAGGUUUGAUUUACUGUUUAAGAUCCCAUACUGUGUGACUUCUGUGUUCAUAAACCACUGUGGAGUCUUCUUCAGUGACGCCAUUCUGUCUGAGACCAGCACUGGGGAUAAGGUUGAGACAGUUGUGUUUCUUUCUGAACAGUCCUGCUGAUGGUCUCCUGAAAGAGGCUGCUAGUUUGAUGUGGAGGGGUUUUGGUUUUUUGGUUGUGGUGUUUCUGUUGGGUUUGGUGGUUUUUUACCAGUGAACAAUCAUCUGUGUGAUGAUAAAGUAUUUUAAGUAAACAGCCUUUUUACUUGUCAGUGCAUAGGGGAGUUACUUACCCCUCUUUUAUUCACUAUUCUGAAUUCAAAAUUACCUUCAUGUUUCUUCAAGGUGUGUCAGCACUGGAAGGACGUGUGAGCCAAGGGCAACUUCAGGUUCUAUAGGGCUGUAGAUUUUAAGUGCCUAAUGAGAAAACUGGACUUGUAAUUCCUUGUCUUAUUACACUGAAUGAAUUUUCAAAGUCUGCAUGUGUGUGUCUCAAGAAAUUGAAAAUAUUGAAAUUUCAGAUGAACACGUGUGGCUCAGAAUAGAGUUAUUUGACCCUUGUGACAUAGGCAUGGGAUAUUUUCUCAGUUACCAGGAGGGUGACUGUGGUGUCUGUCAAACCUUUGGUGUUUGUCCUAACUUUGACAUCGUUGCAGAAAACUGUAAAGUGAAUGUUUCAGCAUCCCUGAGAGGCUCAGACCUGCCCACAUAUGACCACGCCUUGGCUCAGCUCUCUGGGUUUGUUGUUCAACAAAGAUGGGUGUGUGGAGCUCCAGAGGAAGAGAGAAGCCCUGGAAUGCAUCUGGCCAUUAACACAGUGUUUUGUACAGGUUGUGGGAUUGUUAGGAGUUGCUUCCCCAAGCUUAUAAAUCUAUGGCUCCUCAUGCAGAGCUGCUCAGAGACAUCCCAGAGAAACACGUGUGUUCAAGGCCGGAGCCAGCUGAGCGACGGGACACUGUAGGAUGCUCCGCGAUGUCCUAGGGAAAACCUGCCGGUUUCUGGGAUACACUGUGCAGUAUGGCUGCAUAGCACACUGUGCCU